AUGUCUGAGUAUUCUUUUGAUACCAUUCAGUUCAUUGAAACACCUGUUGCGGCGAAGCAGGAGGCUGCUAAUAGUGAGUAUGGCGUGCUAACUACCGAUUCACCUGCGAUUAAGAACGCGCCAUGGCCUGGCGAGGGUCCAUCUUCAAAACAUUUUUCCAACUUUGGCCUACUGUUUCUACUUGCCGGUAUUCCUCUGUAUAUCACGAGGCGUCUUGGCGGUGGUUUAUAUGUAUUGAUAUCGACAGCUUUGGUAUUGGCCCUACCAAUUGUAAUUUCGUAUUGGACUGUUGCUUCGACGUUUUCUCCUCGUUUAAAUGAAAAAUGCAAACUUCCUGGCAAGGCACUCGAAAGCUAUUUGACGUUCCAUGACGAUAAACUUGCUGAGAAGUAUCAUGGUAAAAAGAUCCCUAUGGAGACUUUCCACGAAUUGUACUUUGCAGGUAAAGUAUCCUUCAAUGGGGAUGCAUUGGAGGCACUGGAAUAUAGACAUGACUGGGCGCAGUUCUCGUUCACUCUGUCUUUAUUUAAAUUCUUUUUAUUUAGUAUGAUCCCUGAGGUCAUCAUGCACACAAGAUCCCAGGACGAGGAACAAGUUAGAGGCCACUAUGACCGUGGUGAUGACUUUUACUCCUGGUUCUUGGGACCAAGAAUGAUAUAUACCAGUGGUGUAAUUUCAGAUGUCAAUGUUGAGGAAUCCCUUGAACAGUUACAGGAUAACAAGUUAAAGAUCGUUUGUGACAAGAUCGAUCUGGCUCCAGGGGAGCAUUUACUGGAUUUAGGCUGUGGUUGGGGUACUUUUGCUACUUAUGCAUCUAAGGUGUAUGGAGCCAAGGUUACAGGGGUCACUUUGGGUAGGAACCAAACCAAAUGGGGUAAUGACAAAUUGCGUCUACAAGGUAUUUCGAAGGAGCAAUCUCGUAUUGUUUGUUGUGAUUACAGAGAUACUCCUUUAGCCACUAGCGAGGGUAAGAAAUAUGAUAAAAUCACUUGCUUAGAAAUGGCCGAACACGUUGGUGUUCGGAAAUUCAAGUCAUUUUUGCAGCAGGUUUAUGACAGUUUGGAAGACGACGGGAUAUUUUUUCUUCAAAUUGCAGGUUUAAGAAAGCCAUGGCAAUAUGAAGAUCUAAUCUGGGGGCUUUUUAUGAACAAGUAUAUUUUCCCUGGUGCAGACGCGUCGACCCCAUUAGAUUUUGUCGUUUCCAACUUGGAGGGUGCCGGGUUUGAAACUGUUUCAGUUGACAAUUUAGGUGUGCAUUAUUCUGCUACUCUAUGGAGAUGGUACAGAAAUUGGAUGGGUAAUAAGGAUGCUGUGAUUAGUAAAUAUGGUAAAAAGUGGUUUAGAAUUUGGGAAUAUUUCUUGGCGUAUUCUACUAUUAUCUCUAGACAGGGCUCUGCCACUUGUUAUCAAAUUGUUCUAAGGAAGAAUUUGAAUGCGUAUCAUAGAAUUAACUAUGUUUCUAAGCAGAAGGGGUUGCUGACGCCAAUCAAGAAGGGUGUUCAACAAUGGUUUAAGUAG